UUGGAACCCCGAUUGACCCAAAAUAAAGAGCUUAAUGGGCUGUUUUUCGUUAUACUCCCGUGGUUAUUCAUAUAAAAGGCCUACGCCGUGGCAAAUUGCACAGUUUUAGUCUGGAGUAUCACGAUGCAGGUCAGGAUUGUUGUUGUCGUCUGCUGUGCGCUGGGUGUCACCUUGGCUUACCCCUACGGAGCCCCCGUGGGUUCAUGCUUAGCAAUGUUUCCCACGGGCCACGGUGUGAACCAGCAGACCAGCGCCCCGCCUUUUCAAAUUCAAGUGAGCCAAGCUACAUACAAUCCAAACGAUGUUAUUAACGUGACAUUGCACACAUUGGCAUCGGACUUGUACAAAUACUGGGAAGGAGUGCUCCUCCAGGCGAGGAGAGUGGCCGGGAAUAUGGACGAGCCGAUCGGUACCUGGACCAUAAUGGCAAAUGACACUAACGAUCUAAAAACCUUGAACUGUAGUGGAAUUAAUAACAGUGCUGUGACCCACAAUGUUGAAAAGCAUUACGUUACCAAGGUCGUCCAAUGGACAGCACCACCCCAGGCUCAAGGACACGUGAAAUUCCGGGCAACAUUUGUGAAAAACAAGGUUACUUUCUGGGUCAAUGUCAUGUCCGCCACUGUACAGGAUCCAACUGCAGAACCGAUCACAGACAAUGGUAAAAAUGGCGCCAGCAGCACCAGGGUUAUUUACGGCGAUGUUUUUGUACUUGCAACUCUCUGCACAUUACUGAAAAGAAUGCUGUAAAAGAUGAGAUGUUUUUUAACAUGCUUAUGUUUUUUAACAUGCUUAUGUUACUUUGAUCAUGUAUUUUUCACCAGGAUAAAAGAUUAAUUUGUUUAUCUUCCUCUAUAAAUAUGUUUCAUUGCUGGCUUACAGAUGAGCUUACAUGUGCACUCGUACCAAAUCUGGUAUGCAAGGCCCCUACUAAAAAAAUUGAAACAUAUUUCUAUAGGUAUAUCUGUAACAUCUUUUUUGCUCGCGUUAGACCACUGAUCUGAUGUGCGUGUGCUGGCACCUAGCAUACCAGUAAGUUGGUUCAAAUAUUUAAGAUAAAAAUAUGAAUUUUUUUAAUUAAGCUUCUAUUAGAUACUGUAACCCUGUUGAGAUGUUGAGAAUUAGUAUUUUUGUGGAAUUUGAUAAUAUAGUGCACUCAAUUUAAUGGUAGACUUAAUCAGAUUACAAGUGUACAUGCUUUUUUUGUUUGUAAGGCAAUACCCUGUAGUACACAGAGUACAAAAUAUAAUUCAGUUUAGAAAUAAAAAAUUGAUAUGAUCAUGUCUUAAUUCUCAAAACUGAGGAGAAUCCCCAAUUCCUGUAGCCCCGUUGACUUUUAAUGGACAUUGACUUUUCAUUGCCUUUUAAUGCAUCUUCUAUUAUUAUGUGUGGCUUGAUUGCAACGAAAAGCCUGAAUGUUGCCACGUGUUGUUUUCAGUUACAAAACACCCUCCAUCUAGGUAACAAUAACGACAAGUAUCUCUGUGCCUUACAGGUGCCCCAGGCUUGUGCCCCAGGCUUGCGAACAGCAAUAAACCGCUUGAUACAGUUUUAAAAGUUAUUUUCUCACAAAGGAACAUCAUUUUCACAUCAGCAAAAAAUACAUAUAAAGUUUUAAUAAAUUCAUGAGGGUGGCAA